AUGGCACCCAUCGCACUCGAGGAACCCAAUGUUGCCGAGAACUUCAACGACCACAAAGACGGUCUCGCCCUUGAGGCAACCUCCGACGACAUCGACAACGUCAACGUCCUCAAAGCCGCUUUGAAAGUAAAGAAUGGCACCGCCACCCAAGAAGAAAAGGACAUUUACGAAUCCUCCAAAUUCGACGCCGAAAAGGACAAGGCGCAAUUCCGCAACUACGAAGACGCCUGUGACCGCGUCAAGAAUUUCUACAGAGAGCAGCAUGAGAAGCAAACGGUUGCUUACAAUUUGAGAGCCCGUAACCGUUUCCACAGCAAGACUCGUGCCGAGAUGAGCAUCUGGGAGGCUAUGGAGAGACUUAACACCUUGAUUGAUGAGUCUGAUCCUGAUACUUCAUUGUCGCAGAUCGAGCAUUUGCUUCAAUCUGCCGAGGCCAUUCGCCGCGAUGGCAAACCCCGCUGGUUCCAACUCACAGGUCUGAUCCACGAUCUGGGCAAAUUGCUCUUCUUCUUCGACGCAGAGGGUCAGUGGGAUGUCGUCGGCGACACCUUUGUCGUGGGCUGCAAAUUCGACGAGCGCAUCAUUUACCCAGGCACUUUUGCCAACAACCCGGACAGCAAAGAUCCCAUCUACAGCACUGAGCACGGCAUCUACACUCCCGGCUGUGGACUCGACAAUGUAAUGAUCAGCUGGGGCCACGACGAAUACCUUUAUCACGUCGUCAAGGAUCAAAGCACUCUUCCCGACGAAGCUCUGGCUAUGAUCCGCUACCACAGCUUCUACCCUUGGCACAAGGAAGGUGCUUACCGCUGGAUGAUGAACGAAAAAGAUGAAAAGAUGUUGGCUGCCGUCAAGGCAUUCAACCCUUAUGAUCUUUACUCCAAGUCUGACGAUGUGCCCAAGGUUGAGGACUUGAAGGAGUACUAUCUCGAGUUGAUAGAUGAAUUCUUCCCCAAGAGAGUCAUCAGAUGGUAG